AACUCAGCUGCGAGCAAGCAAAGGGAGGAGGAGCGUAGUUUCCGUGUGAGCGUAGGUUCUUCACAGAGGGUAUCGUCAGGUACUCCCCAUCAUCUCCUUUGUUGUUCUCGUUUCCUCCUCACGUUGUUACUGACCUCCACCCCAUGACUUUUAUGGUGCAUGCCAACCUUUUGCGAGUCUCGAUGUCACCAUCCUUGGGCCCUGUGACAGUUUGUGUGGCCAACUCCUUCCUCCACAAAACAUAGCUAAGUGAGAAGGAGAGCAAACAAGCUCCAGGAUUAGGCAUUUUGGUUGGUGUUGUGCAGUCCGUCCCCUCUGUCCUUUGCUAUUGUUCCUCCCUUCACUCCACACCUCUCCUGUGUCCACCUAAUUUUCCCUAUGUUUAGUGCUGAAGGCCAUGUAUGUGAGCAAGUGAGGCCAAGUCAUGGUUAUCCUCUUACAAUAAUAGCAAGGGGCGGCAUUUGACUCCCAUCUGUGGAUGUAUAAAUAUAUACAUAAAGACAGGUCUUGCAAUAAGCCUUCUUAUUGUUUUAGCACCUCCACUCACUCUCUCUAGUUUCCUCCACCUCUCCUCUCGUUCUAAGGGAGAUGGAAACUCCGGAGGAAGCCACGGCUUAUUCCAACAACAGCGACAGCGCAUCCAAUGAUGAAUUCGUUCAUGCAGUAGUUAAGGGCAAGCGCACCAAGCGCCAGAGGACACAGCCGCCGCCUGUGCUGUCCAUGGCUGUCGCCGACUCGCUAUCGGCCUCCUCGGCCGAGGCCGCCUCUGGGACCGUCACCGAGGAGGAGGAGGACAUGGCCAACUGUCUCAUCCUUCUCGCCCAGGGCCGAACGUUGGACGCCGGGCCCAAUCUAGAAGAGCAGAAGGGCGGUGCCGGCGGUGUUGUCGCCGGCGGCAGCGGGUCCGAGAGGUUUACCAGCCGAAGACUCGCGGAGGGGGCCACGACGACCAACGGCAAGGCUGGAAUUUACGUGUAUGAGUGCAAGACAUGCAAUAAAUGCUUCCCGUCGUUCCAGGCGCUCGGCGGACAUCGGACCAGCCACAGGAAGACCAAGCUAGCCGCCGGGACGACCGCGGAGGAGAAGAAGCUGGCGGCCGGCGACGAUAUCCUUCAAAUCAGUAUGAAUUCCUUCUCAAAGCCGAUCGCGGGCAGUGGGCAGACGAACACGAAGCCGAAGGUCCACGAGUGCUCGAUAUGCGGAUCAGAGUUCAGCUCCGGUCAGGCGCUCGGAGGCCACAUGAGGCGGCACAAGCCGCUGGGCGCCGCAGACAGCCAAGAAGCCAAGAAGGACAAGAGCUUUCUUUCGUUGGAUCUGAACCUCCCCGCUCCCGCAGACGACGGGCUCCAGAGGCCGCCUUCGCCGACGCUCUCAUUGGCCAGCAAGCGCCCGCUCAUCUUCCGGGCGUCGGCAUCGGCCUUGGUGGUCGACUGCCAUUACUAACGCCACCGCGUUGACCAACGAAAGGCAAAAUAUGUCCAUUAUCACAAUUCUUUCUUUACUUUUGACUGAUUACAAUUUGGGUUGUUGUGGCUGCUGUGAACAAUUCAUCCUUGUUUCUUCACGACUUCAUACCGAUUAAUGGUUCUCUGAAUUAUUUUCUUUGAUGUACAUGGCACUAAUUAA